GUUCCCACUGGGCGCGCCGCCUCCCGCCCGCCAUGGCCGCCUCCCGCCCGCCAUGGCCGCGUCACGCGCCCCCCGCGUCCUAGCGGCCGCCGCGCCCGCGUCCGGGAAGGCCAAGCUGACGCACCCGGGGAAGGCGAUCCUGGCAGGCGGCCUGGCGGGCGGCAUCGAGAUCUUCAUCACUUUCCCCACCGAGUACGUGAAGAUGCAGCUGCAGCUGGACGAGCGCUCGCACCCGCCGCGGUACCGGGGCAUCGGGGACUGCGUGCGGCAGACGGUCCGCAGCCACGAAGUCCCGGGCCUGUACCGCUGCCUCAGCUCCCUGCUCUACGGCUCCAUCCCCAAGGCGGCCGUGAGGUUCGGAAUGUUCGAGUUCCUCAUGCACCUCCACCCCUAUCUAGGGGACAACCCCAACAGGCCCAUGAACCCCCUCAUCACUGGGGUCUUUGGAGCUAUCGCAGGUGCAGCCAGCGUCUUCGGGAACACUCCUCUGAACGUGAUCAAGACCCGCAUGCAGGGCCUGGAGGCGCAUAAAUACCGAAACACAUGGGACUGUGGCCUGCAGAUCCUGAGGAAUGAGGGUCUCAAGGCGUUCUACAAGGGCACUAUCCCCCGUCUGGGCUGGGUCCACCUGGACUUGGCCAUCGUGUUCAUCAUCUACGACGAGGUGGUGAAGCUGCUCAACAAGGUGUGGAAGACGGACUGAGCCUGUGGGCACACGUGGGGCCUGCCCAGGGCCCGCAGAACAGCCCCACGCCCUGGCUCGUGUGACUCCAGUGCAGUAGUGCCAAAAGGCCUUCCCGUGUCCUUUGAGUCUGCGUGCCCCGUAGUGCCGUGACUCCCCUGUAGUCUGUGUGUGAAACCACCACUGUGUCCACGUGUCUGGCUAUGGCUGGGCAUCCCUCCGUGAAUCUGUGCCCACUUGUCCAUGUGCUUCCUUGUGAGCCCUGUGCCUGUGUUUCCCGUUCUGUGUCAUGUGACACUGUGCCCCUCGUCCCAGGGUGCCCAUGUGGCAUGGAUCCGCGGCCCUGUAGCCAUGGCCCGGUCCCAGCCCGGUGCCUCCCACCCUGCCCCGGCCUACCACAGCUGCCUCCGGGCCUUGGCCUGGCUUCACCGCAUUCCAGGGGCUGCAUGCCCCCAGCUUCUCCCACCAUUGGCCUUAAGUGGCCCUCGGGCCCUCCCUCCGCCCGGAACAGGGUGGCACCUGCCACUCUCAGGACCACCCUGCCAAGGCAGAAUAAACCGGAUCC